AGUGUUGUCACGUGACCCCUGAUAUUUGUUUACGUGUGUAUCUUUGAGUGGAGGUGGUUCUUGUCAAGCAACUACCGAAAAAGGGGAAGCUAAACAUUUAAUACUUCGUAGUGGGUCAAGUUAGAAAAAAAUCAGGAUGCCUUAUGUCGCAGGAGGACAAUCGUUGACGCAACAAUCGCCAUGGAGAGUUUCCAUUGUCUACGAUUUAUUUUGGGGUCUUGUUAAUGUUGUUGUUUUAUUUUUUCAGACAAUGAUUCAACCAGAUUUAACAAGCAAAGGACGAGGAAUGGAUUCAAGUUAUUCCAGUAGGCCUGGAACUGGGCCAGGAGGACCCGGUGGUCCAAGGAGAAGAAUGGGUGGAUUUAGGGGCGGGGCUGGUUCACCCAGUCCCCCACCCGCGGCUGGAGGCGGAUGAGGAAGGUAAAUGCUCACUGGUAGGUUGUUAACCCUUCGUGGUUAGCAACCCCAGUGGGCCUGGGGCCAGGUUGACAUGGAUUACAUACACCUGGCCCCCGCAUUUCAGCAUGGAGUUAUGUUAGACCACAAACAUAAAUAAUGACGCUGCGUUGUUCAACUCCAAUCGGAGCCCAAUGCAGUUGACAACCUCUGUGCGAACAAUUUGUAAAAAGUCUUAAAGUUGUGUAUUGCUGCUCUGUUUUUGUAUGAACUACUCUGUAGUCUCUGUAUAUUGUCUCAAAGAACUCGAAAAUCAUUCAAAUUUUGUUUAUUUGGUUUUAAAGGCUAAAGUCCAUAUUGUUAAUAUGUCCAUCUUACAAGGCGCUGUUUAACCAAUUUCAUCUUUUCCUGUCUAUAAAUAUGUAGGAAAAGAUAAGAAUUGAUAAAGUUCCGGUCAUAUUGACUUACAAUUAUUCGGUUCAAUUGAUUGUGAGUUUGUUUUUUGGGGUGAAUAUUUGGUGCAGAUAAGUUGGGUGUAUGGAUUCUUACCGUUUUCUAAAGUUUGUGUAAAAUCUGAUAGCAAUCUGUUUUGAGUUUUGUGGUGACUCUAGCUGCAUUGCUAUCUGGUUUUGCCAUAUUUCUGUUAUCUAUUUGUUAAAAAGAUCUAGAAAUUGUAUAUAUUUGUGCAAUAAACUGUGUAGAAAGGAAA